AUGGAUGACUCUCAACGUUUAUCGUCAUCUAAGUAUAUAGUAGCGGAAAAGUGGAGACUUGUACGGAAAAUCGGAAGUGGGUCAUUUGGUUCUAUAUUUUUGGGUGUUAACAUCGUUACGGGAGAGGAAGUAGCAAUAAAAAUGGAGCGUGUACGCACACGACAUUGUCAACUGUAUUUCGAAAGUAAAGUGUAUCGAGUACUGCGAGAAACUCCAGGAAUACCUCGUAUUCAAUUUUAUGGACUUGACGGCGUUAGAAAUCUAUAUCAUGCUAUGGUAAUAGAACUUUUAGGACCUAGCUUGGAAGAUCUUUUUACGUUUUGUGGGCGCAGAUUCACAAUGAAAACUGUUUUGAUGUUAGCUGAUCAAAUGUUAUGGAGACUUGAUUUUAUACAUGCAAAGGGUUUCAUUCAUCGUGAUAUAAAACCAGAUAAUUUUUUAAUGGGUAUUGGUCGUCAGUGCAACAGAGUUUUUAUAAUUGAUUUUGGUCUUGCCAAAAAGUUUCGAGAUCAUAGAACGCGUCGUCAUAUUUCAUACAGAGACGAUAAAUCUCUUAUCGGUACAGCGCGGUAUGCUAGUCUUAAUUCCCAUGCUGGUAUUGAACAAUCUCGAAGAGAUGAUAUGGAGUCUCUUGGUUACGUUUUAAUGUAUUUCCUCCGUGGUAGUCUACCAUGGCAAGGACUACAAGCUGGCAACAAACCACAGAAAUAUGAACGAAUACAUGAAAAGAAAGCUAGCACACCAAUUGAUGUAUUGUGCCGUGGUUAUCCUUCAGAAUUUCUUGUUUACCUGAGUCAUUGUCGUGCUUUGCAAUUCGAAGAAACACCGAAUUAUGGUUUUUUGCGGAAUAAUUUUCGUAAUCUCUUUCGAUCUUUAUCAUUUGUCUGGGAUUAUGUGUUUGAUUGGACAUUGUUACGUCAGAAAGCGUCUGCAAUUGAACACCACCAACAACAGCAUCAACAACAACAAUCAUAUCCUCUUUCACAGUUUACUUCUGGUAAUGAAGGUUGCGAUCAUCGUGCUCCUACUGCAGAAGCACUCGGCACAAGAGGAACUGGGACAUCCGGUGGAAUUAUUCCCCCUGGUCAGAAAACCAGCACAAAUGUUGCUGCUGCCACAUCGGUAAAGGAGUAGUAUAUACAUACAUAUAUACAUAUGUAUAUAAGAUCUCGUUACAUACAUAAUAUUUUACGUUUGAGCUCAUCCGAGUUGAC